GAAUCCCAGAUUCAGAGUGACAGAAUAUCUGAAGAUAAACCCACAGACAUUAGUAAGCAUCCAGGACAAUGGAAGAGCCUCAAACAAAUAACAUGACUGUAUAUGAAGUUACACCAGUGACAACUCUAGAGCUGGAAAACAUUGAAGAUACACCAGUGACAACUCUAGAGCUGGAAAACAUUGAAGAUACACCAGUGACAACUCUAGAGCUGGAAAACAUUGAAGAUACACCAGUGACAACUCUAGAGCUGGAAAACAUUGAAGAUACACCAGUGACAACUCUAGAGCUGGAAAACAUUGAAGAUACACCAGUGACAACUCUAGAGCUGGAAAACAUUGAAGAUACACCAGUGACAACCCUAGAGCUGGAAAACACUGAAGAUACACCAGUGACAACCCUAGAGGGUGAAAACACAAUCGACCAACGACAAACAACCGCAGAGUCUGCUGAUCCAUCUGCCUCUAGUGAGUCUGAAACCGAGGUAGAAAGUGAGAACCAGCUCCGGUUGUUUGUCACCGUGCUCACGGUAAGAGUGUUGACUAAGUGUCACGCCAUCCAGAACAUGAGUCAGGACGAGUGGGUUGCUCGCAUAAAGAGAAUGGUGGACCAGACGAUGAAGGGACUCGAUGUCUCUGAAGGCUUCUGCCCAGAGCUGAAGACCACAGGGAAAGCCUGCAAGGCUGUCAUCAAAGACCUAAAAAAGAAGUUUUGUGGAAAGCGCCUGCUGAAGACUGUAAUAUUAUUACAGGAUCCAGUUGUGGACAAAGCCAUCAUCAAGACGUUGCAGGCUCACAUCCAAGAGCUCUCUGUUAAGCUUGCAGAGAAAGAAGCCUCCCGCGCUUUUUGGAAAGACGUGCUCCAGGUUGUUGCAUUAAUUGUAGGCAGCCUGGUCACCAUCCUUCUCAUGAUACUCAUCCCCUAAAGCAGCACAUCAGCAGCUGCAGGUGGAGAAGGUUUGCAGCAUUCAAGCAAUGUCUUCUGUCAGAAGUCUACAGGGCUGCUCAAUGGCUCAGCGCUAUGGCCUCACACCAACACAAACUCUUGCUGCUGUGAGGCGCUUCAACCUGUGCAGGCGAAAUUUGCAUUGCUCCACCCGGACCGCGAAAAAGGAUACGUUGGUUGGAUCUCUGGGACUCACCACACUUCCCCACUGCUCCACAUUUUAUUGAUCUGCCUCCAGUUCUCCUUACCUCUUUCACCUGGACCAUCAGCUAGCUCAGCAUCUAACUUUUCUUCCACUACUGCAUCCGACCUUGACUUGUGAACCCAUUUGCACAGGUAACAUCUUGAAAAAAGGUACUUGUCGUAUGGAUUCCAAAUAGUAAAAUUUACUACGAAUUAGAUCUGGUGGUAUUGACUGAGAGUAGUUAAGUUAGGUAACAGGAUUCUGUUUAUGAGGAGGUUGUGUGGGUGGGGAUGGUGGCGUCGUGUCUACAAAUCAUUUUUAUCGUUUUAGUUCUGUUUUCUUUCGUUUUUUGCCAACAAUAAAAGUAGAUAAAAGCUAAAAGUUUAUUUCCAUUGUGUCAU